UGGCAAGGGAAGUGGUUAAAAACAGUUGGUUAAAGCGGAAAAUGGUUGCGCGUUAGCUGUCUGAACUUUUCCGACUCUAUCUCUUUCAAAGAAGAUAAAACUUAUCUAUAUUAAGCAAAAGUUUGACCCAACCCAAAAAACUUGUUCUUUCCCUUAACCAUUUCAGUUUUAUGAGCUUCCUUAAAACCCAAUUUUUGUUCAUUUUGAAUUUGCCACUUUGGUAUUUGUUAUUGGAUUGGCUGAUUAAAGAGUUGUGGAAAAAAAAAAUAAGUAAAUAACUUUUCAAGAAGAAAAAAGAAAAGGGGUUAGGAAAGAGAUGAACUGCUUAACUUGUUGCAAGGUUGAAUCCAACAAUGGUAUUCCCAAUGGGAAGAACAUUAAGGAAUGCCCUGAUGGAGGUAGGAGAACAUUAGCCUCCAUUGUUGCCAGUAUCUCAUUCAAGGCAGGUAGUAGUAGGCACAAUUAUUUGACCAGAGAUUUGCUAAAAAUUGGAAAUGCAAAAAUAUCUGCCAAGGAAUUUACAUUUGAGGAAUUGGCUGCUGCAACUGAUGAUUUCAAUCCUAAUUUCUUGUUAGGCGAAGGCGGAUUCGGAAAUGUCUACAAAGGGUACAUAGACAGUAUUCAACAGGUUGUGGCUGUUAAGCAACUGGACAGAAAAGGAUUGCAAGGAAGUAGAGAGUUCUUUGCCGAGGUCUUGAUGUCAAGUGUGCUUCAACACCCAAACCUUGUCGAACUGGUUGGCUAUUGUGCAGAAGGAGACCAAAGACUCUUAGUGUAUGAAUAUAUGGCCAAUGGAUCUUUGGAGAAUCACCUUCUAGAAUUAUCUCCAAAUAUAACCCCUCUGGAUUGGAAAACCAGGAUGAAAAUAGCUGAAGGAGCAGCAAAAGGACUUGAAUACUUGCAUGACAUUGCCAAACCACCCGUGAUUUAUCGCGACUUCAAAGCAUCAAACAUAUUAUUGGAUGAGAAUUUCAAUCCAAAGCUCUCAGAUUUUGGACUUGCUAAGCUGGGCCCGACAGGUGGCAAGGAACAUGUAUCUACAAGGGUGAUGGGGACAUAUGGUUAUUGUGCCCCAGAGUAUGCUUUAACAGGUAAGCUGACAACAAGGUCUGAUGUGUACAGUUAUGGUGUAGUGUUUCUGGAGUUGAUCACUGGAAGAAGAGCUAUUGACUAUGCAAGGCCAACAGAAGAACAACACCUAAUUAAUUGGGCAGAGCCUUUGUUCAAGGACAGGAACAAAUUUUCAUUAAUGGCUGACCCCCAGCUUGAAGGGAGAUUUCCUCUGAAGGGUCUGUAUCAAGCUCUUGCAGUUGCAGCAAUGUGUCUCCAAGAGGAAGCCGAGACCCGACCUUUGAUAGGCGAUGUUGUAACUGCUCUUCAAUAUCUAGCCAUGCCAAAAGAAGACUAUCAGAAUGCCAAGGAUAAAUCAGGUAGCAUUUGUGGGCAUGUAAGCUCAUUGAGAAGAGGGAGUAUCCAUGGUGGAGACCAAGAGUCGUAACAUCAGGGAACAGUAGGUCUUACAACUUCAUGUGAACAAUCAAAUCUCAACCUAGAAUUACAUUUCCUAGAAAUGAAAUUCCCACCCUAAUGGUCUUCCAGAUUGUGAAGUAGAUACAAUAUGUAUGAAUAUGGCCAUAGAAAGUGUAAAGUUCAAUUGCUGGAACUGAAACUUGUGGGUUUUAUAUUAAGAAAGUUUAUGGUCUUGGAAGUCA